AUGGGCUUCAUUGUUGCGGUCGAUGGUAUUGUAAAAGCCGUCGAGAACUUCACCAACACUUUCCACAACUAUCAGGAGAGUGCUUAUUUCAUAUUCGGGCAAGGAUAUGGGAGUAUUUAUGCAAUAUUAGCCUCUCAACGACUGCUGAAUGCGGUCGAUGGUAUUGUAAAAGCCGUCGAGAACUUCACCAACACUUUCCACAACUAUCAGGAGAGUGCUUAUUUCAUAUUCGGGCAAGGAUAUGGGAGUAUUUAUGCAAUAUUAGCCUCUCAACGACUGCUGAAUAGCAAAACUGGUAUAAAACUGAAGAGAGUGGGCUUGGAAAAUUCGCUUCUGAGCUAUACUUUAAUCAAUAUCAUGCCGAACGAAAUGUACUUCAGUGGGCUACUUGGCAGAGAGUAA